AUGAAUGGGCACACUACAUCACGAAACCAGCCCGAUGGGCUUUCCACCACUAGCCGUACAAGCUCGAAUAAUGUUCAGAAUGGAGAGACGAAACGUAUUCACUGGGCGCCUCUCAACAUUGGUCUAGAGCGUCGCUUGCAGACCUUUGUCGUGCUCUGCCACACCCUCACAAUCGCAAUUUUCCUAACGGGAUUCUUCUUCACAUGCGCCAUACCCUUAUUCUGGCCACUCCUACUCCCCUAUCUCAUCUAUAUCACUCUAUUCUCGACCGCCGCCACCUCGGGAGAGCUCAAAGGACGGCGUAAUUUCCUUCGUCACCUGCCCAUCUGGAAAAUCUAUGCAUCCUACUUCCCGGCCCGUCUUCAUCGCGAGGAAGACCUCCCACCAACCAAAAAGUACAUCUUUGGCUAUCAUCCCCACGGCAUCAUUUCCCACGGUGCAUUUGCAGCCUUUGCCACCGAAGCCCUUGGUUUCUCCAAGCUCUUCCCGGGUAUCACCAACACCCUUCUCACCCUUGACUCCAACUUCCGCAUCCCCUUCUACCGCGAGUACGCCAUGGCAAUGGGCCUCGCCAGCGUCUCGCGCGAAUCAUGUGAGAACAUCCUCAACAAAGGCGGCGCCAACGGCGAAGGCAUGGGCCGCGCAAUCACCAUCGUGGUCGGCGGAGCUCGCGAAUCGCUCAACGCCCAACCAUCCACACUCCGACUCGUCCUGAAACGACGCAAGGGAUUCAUCAAACUGGCCAUCCGCACCGGCGCAGAUCUCGUGCCCGUCCUCGCAUUCGGAGAAAACGACCUAUACGACCAGGUUCGCGGCGAUGAGCACCCGAUCAUCCACAAGGUGCAGAUGCUGGUGAAGCGGACCAUGGGAUUCACGAUCCCGCUGUUCCAUGCGCGCGGCGUAUUCAACUACGACGUUGGAAUGAUGCCUUAUCGUCGGCCAUUGGACAUCGUGGUUGGGAAGCCUAUCGCUGUCAUGCAGCAGUCGAACCGGGAUAGGAUCGACGAUAGCUACAUCGAUGAGCUGCAUGCACGGUAUGUGCAGGAGCUGGAGCGACUGUGGGAUCGGUGGAAGGAUGUUUAUGCGAAGGAUAGGACGGGCGAGCUGGAGAUUAUUUCGUGA